AUGAUGAACUUCAACAGCACUGAGUCCUGGCUCUUCAUCAACACAUCCUUUCCCAUCCUACCUGUGAUAUCCAGUCCAGCUAACAGAAGUGGGAUGGAGGCGUAUCUCCAGAGACUGGCACAUUUAGACGAGGGGCUCUACAACGACUUCUACGGCCUCUGGAUCGCACUCAUGGUCGUAAACUCUCUCAUUUUCCUGGUGGGCAUGGUGCUCAACAUAGUCGCACUUUACGUUUUCUGUUUCCGCACCAAGCAGAAGACCACCUCGGUGAUCUACACCAUCAACCUGGCGGUGACGGACCUCCUGGUCAACCUGUCGCUGCCGACCCGCAUCCUGCUCUACUACAGCGGAGGAGCUUGUCUCACCUGCUCCUACCUGCACAUCUUCAGCUACUUCGUCAACAUGUACUGCAGCAUUCUGUUUCUGACCUGCAUAUGCGUCGACCGCUACCUCGCCAUCGUGCAGGUCGAAGCUUCCCGGCGUUGGAGGAACUGCAGCGUGGCCAAAUGUGUGUGCAUCUCCGUCUGGCUGUUUGCCAUCGUGGUCACCUACUCGUUUCUGUCCACGGCCUUCCAGCACACGGGCUGCUGCCUCUCCAAGCUCCUCUUUCUCACCAUCACCGAGUUCUUCCUUCCCCUUGUUAUCAUUGUGGUCUUUACGUUACGCAUCAUGUGGGCUCUGGCCGACCGCCGUCUGAUGCAGCAGAGCAGGGAGAGGAGAAGGAGGGCUGUGCAGCUGCUGACCACUGUGCUGAUCAUCUUCACUGUCUGCUUCACACCUUUCCACGUCAGACAGGUGGUGGUGUACUUCUACCCCGACAUGCCUCAUCAUGUGAUCGUUUACCACUUAACCGUCACCCUCAGCAGCUUGAACAGCUGCAUGGAUCCAGUCGUCUACUGCUUUGUUACUAAUAAUUUCCAGGCCACCAUGAGGCAUCUUUUCCGCCGAGCAGAGCCCGAGCAGACCAGCGGAGACAUCGUCAGUAUGCAGCACAGCUCCAAGGCCUCGGGAGGGACGGCCAACGCCAUCGCUAAUAAUGUGAUCAUGAUGACCAAGAUUCCCAGCGCACUGCAGAGAGACAAUCUGGGGACAAAUCACACGCUGUAG